AUGAAGCUAAUAAACAACCAUUUUGAAAAAGAUUCAAGUGGUUCAGUGACCUUAGUGGCCGAGGAUAAAGAAGAUCUAUUCACUUUAUACAAUUUAAUUCAAAGAAGAGAUGAAGUUGAACUUAAAACCAUGAGAAAUAUUAAAAAAUCAGGUAAAGAUGGUUCAAAAGGUUCAAAAGCCAAAACAGAGAAGAAACUAUUAAGAUUAAAGAUUGAUGUGGAAGAAAUUGAUUUCACUCCACAAGAUGAAGUUAUGAGAUUAAGAGGGAAAACUACAGAACCUGUUGAAGAUGUCCCCGUGGGUACUUAUCAUACUGCAGAAAUUGAUUUCAAACAUCCAUUCACUUUAUAUAAGGAUGAUUGGGAUGAAAUAGCAUUCGAAUUGAUCAAUAAAAGUUGUAGUAUUGAUGAAAAAGCUGAAGUUGGUGCUGUUGUGCUACAAGAAGGUGUUGCCCACAUAUGUCUAAUUACUGAAAAUAUGACAGUACUAAGGCAAAAAAUUGAGAGAUCUAUACCUAGAAAGAAAAGAGGUGAUUCUUCUGCUCAUGAUAAAUCUCUAGAUAAGUUUUAUGAAUUGGUUAGUAAUACAUUGGUUAGAGAUUUAAACAUUUCAAAAUUGAAAGCUAUAAUAUUGGCAUCUCCAGGUUUUACAGCAAAUGGAUUAUUUGACAAGAUUUUCCAUAUUGCAACUUUAAAUAAUGAUAAGUUAUUACUGCAAGCAAGAUCAAAAUUCAUAGUGGCACAUUCCUCAACUGGGUUUUUACAAGGAUUAGAUGAAGUUUUGAAAACUGAAGAAAUUCAAAAACAAUUAUCAACUACAAAAUUCGCAAAAGAUGUGUUACUAUUAGAUGAAUUCUUCAAAACACUGAAUGCGGAUGAUGGUAAAGCUUGGUAUGGUCCAAAAGAAUGUGAGAAAGCUAUAAAUAUGGGUGCUGUUAAAAAUUUAUUAUUGACAGAUUCAUUAUUUAGAAGUGAUGACAUAGCUGAACGUAAAAAAUAUAUUGAAUUGAGUGAGAUUGUUAAAAACACUGGUGGUGAAGUUACUAUAUUUUCAAGUUUACAUGAAUCUGGUAUUCAAUUAGAUCAAGUCACUGGUGUUGCUGUGAUAUUGAACUAUCCUGUAUAUGAUUUAGAUGAAGAUGAGGAUGAAGAAUAA